AUGAAGGAGAGGAGGAGGAGGAGAGCAGAGUUAGGGUGGUGAAACCGUGGGGGAGAGAGAGAGAGAGAGAGAGAGACGAUGGGCAGGGCUCCUUGCUGUGACAAGGUGGGCUUGAAGAAGGGAGCAUGGAGUGCGGAGGAGGACAAGAUUCUGGUCGACUACAUCCAGCAACAUGGCCAUGGAAACUGGCGAGUGAUGCCGAAGAGAGCCGGGCUGUUGCGAUGUGGGAAGAGCUGCAGACUGAGAUGGACCAACUAUCUCAGGCCGGACAUCAAACGAGGAAACUUCACCAAGGAGGAAGAAGAUACCAUCAUUAGCCUGCAUGGGGAGCUUGGGAACAAAUGGUCUGCGAUUGCGGGAAGCUUGCCGGGCCGAACGGACAACGAGAUCAAGAACGUGUGGCACACCCACUUGAAGAAGCGCAUGGAUCCCAAGGAAGCGACGCGUGCGCCCAAGAGGGAGAGGAAGAGGAAGAAGAAACGUGACGCCAAGGACAAGCUGGAACCGGAGCAAGAAAACCAGCGGCCGGACGCAGACGCAGCUCGUCGUAGUCCGAGACGCGAUGACGCAGGGCUCGUCGAAGUGUCACUGGAACAGUCCUACAGCGGCUUCUCGUCCGCCGCCACCGACUCGUCCGUGAUGUCGGGAGACGCUACCGUGGACGCCAAGGACGAGAGCUUCACCUCCAAGGAACUCAAAGAGAUCGACGAGAGCUUUUGGCUGGACGCGUUCGCCGUCGAUGGUUCAUUGCAACUCCCUCCUGCAGCAGUUGCAGACAGUGCGGCCUUCAGCGACGACAUGGAGUUCUGGCUGAAGGUGUUCAUGGAAGCUGAUCAUUUAGAGGACCCGUCGCAGAUGAAUCCCGCGAAUGUCCAUCUGAACUAACAUCGAUUCUUCGGGUGUUGUAGAUUGCUCGAUUGCCAAACGUGUGUAGUGAAAAUAGCCAUUGAAGAUUAGACUUGAUGAAGGAUUGGAAAUAGGAAUAAGACACUGUAAAAUAUUAUGAGAACUGACACUUACCAUCUUAUUGCCACAAAUCAAUGUUGAUUAUGCUACAUAAUAUAUCAACGAGGACAGGAAAUGGUUGGCCGAACAUCGAAAUCUCAAGCACAAAACAUCUUUUUUAGCCUGAGAAAUCUUUCGUGUACAUCUGUGAUCUAAUCAGUGUUCUUGGAAUCAAGAGUUUCCUCAGAUCGUUUAUACUAUCUACAAUCUGAACCUUCCUCUAAGAUUUCCACGGAGAUAUCAAGUAAUCUAACAUCCUUUGUAGCGCUGUCUCAUUCCUUCUUCUUCUUCUGCUUCUAAUAAAAAUGAAGCUUUUCAUGAUCAUCUUUUUCUUCCAAUAUAAUCUUUUUUAUUUUUGGUUCGGUUUCCUGAGGAUUGAGAGUAAAGACAAAAGAAGAAGAGAAGGAGAAGAAGCAGCAACAGAAGAGAAAAAUAGAAGAGGAUAACGAGAAAAUAAUUAAAAUAAAUAAAACAAAAAAAUAAAAGAAUUCCAUUUCCUGAGGGAUGAGAGUAAGUAGCAAAGGAAAACAAAACAAAACAAUAUAACAAAUGAAAAUAAAAUAAAAUAAUAAUUAAAAUAGACCACCGAAAAGAAAAAAAACUGAUGAAGGAAACAAAGUGUUCUUUUUGCAGUAUAAAUACUAAUUCUAUAGUGGCUUGCGUUUAUAACGGGUGAUUUAGGUAAUAUCAUGUAACGGGUGAUAUAAUUGCAACGCUAUAUAGUGGAAACCACAAAAAACGGCACAUGUAAACAACGUUAUAAUCGUUCCAACGGCCAGAGGUAAACCGUUAUAUGGACUUCCGUCCGUCCUGUUUCCCAGGUUUUCGAGAGCCGAUAGCCCCCGAAUCCUAAUCCUCUAAUCCUCCUCCGAGACAUGGCGACGACGACGACGACGAUCGUAUCCCGGUGCCCAUUGCUUCACUCAAUCGGUCAGAGGAGCCUCACAGUGAUUCCGGCGGCUCCACUGGGCCCCUCUUUCAUUAGGUUCUUUGGAAGACCGACGAGUCAAUUACGGAUAGUAUGUAUGGCGUCGUCUGCUGCAGGGAACCCAUACGAGAGUGGUGAUGAAAACGCAUACGUGUUAGCACAUAUGUUCUCCAAAUUUAUCAGUCCAAGCUGCGCGACUGUUUGUAAUGAUUUUGGUGGCAGAUAAAAGGGUUUGAUAUGGUGAGACUGCAUAUACAAGAAAGCGUAAGGAUGCAGAGCGAAGGGGAGAUGAAGUAUAUGUUGCCAAACUAGAGAAGGCUUAUGACAGAAUUAUGGUGUCACAGCUACAGAAUAGGAAAGGUGUCAAAGGAUAUCAAGUAUGCUGAUAAGCAGCCAAUAGUAUCCUGGGGUCCAAGGUGUCAAAGGAUAUCAAGUAUGCUGAUAAGCAGCCAAUAGUAUCCUGGGGUCCAAGGUAUUCUAGAUCAGAUGUUAAGGAUUUGCACAUCAGUAUGGCUAUAUCUGCAGUCCUUGAAUUUGGAGAGGACGAAGGUAAGGGACUGUUCAUGGGAAGGCGCAUACUUGGUUACCUACCAUUGGUUUUCUGUUGUAUAGCUGUUUCAUCCUUGGGCCACACUGGUCUCCUUAACCUCAUCUAGCUUUUACGCGGUGCCAUUCCUUUGUUUCUCUACAAUAACCAGGAGCUGUUUGUUCCCCUGGCAACAUCAAUUACCGUCUGCAUCAUUGCCUCGUGCCACCGGUGAUCGUGCUAUUGUAACUCAAAAAGAUUCGCCAAGAGUCGUGCAAAGGAGGUCGCAAUAGUUGUUCAAAUGGCACUUAAAAGUCAAAUUGGGUAAUUAAAUCGAUCUCCAUCGAAUCAAGCAAAGAUUGCAUGGUAUUGGCGGCGGAUCUCGUCCUCCGUGUCUGUUGAGGGGCAGCAAAGAACUUGGGGCGAAAGGUGGGAUUUUGGGAGGCCGGCUUGUUGAUUCUGGGGUUUCUAAUGCGGAUUUCUGGUGUUCCUUUGGAUUCUCGAGAAGAAUUCGAGAACAGAAGCCUGUUCUUCUAUGAUGAAAGGAACGGACAAAGCGCAACCAUAGCACCUUCUUGAGCCGUCGGUGACAGGUGAGAUCUUCGUCGAUGUUCUAACAAUUUACGUUUCUUUUGAUUCCGUUCUGAUCUAUCUUCAUAAUUUUUUUUAAUUUUCUUUUUUACAGCUAAAAUUCCCUAUUUUCCUUCUUCAUUUUGGUGUGUUCUGUUGUAGGUCUCAGAAUUCCCUAGGAUGAUGAAUGUUAUCAUCCUCUCGUUUUUUGUGACUUUUUAAUUUUGACUCUCUUGUUCUUGUUCUUUUCUUUUAAUCCAUCAUUUAUUCCUUAAUUUGCUUCCUUUAUAAAGAAGCCUGGGCCAGUCAGAGCUAUGUUAUUGGUGCCCAGAAGAAAAAAAGACAGCAUUCUAAGGCAAUUGUGACAUGGACGGUCAUGAAUCCAACCGACGCUAUGCGAUCUACCAUCGUCAGUGCAGACAUGGGCGACGAUAUAUCCGAUUUCAAGUCCCACACAAGCCGGUACGAAACUGAGGUGACGAGGAUCGAUGGGGAAGGAAGCUGCAACCUCUGUUCUUCGGCCACUAUGGGCAGCCUCAUAUCACCGCAUGCCAAGGUAAAAGAAGAGGGAAAAAGAGAACAAAAAAGGAACUUGCCGCAAUGCUUGUGCAUUGUGUGGUGAGCAACAAGGAUCAUCCUUGGGAACACUACUUUACUGGCACCAUGGAAGUUGGUCAGAUAAAUGCAGCAAUUGCCAUCCUGAAGGAGCAAUCUAAUUCCCAACUAUACCAUGUGUAUGCCAAGUUGGUCGCUUCUUCUCAAGUUCUCUUUAAGACAUGUGGCUCUUAAUUGUGAUGACAGUUCAAUUCUGUGUCAUUUGCCCCCUAUUCUAUGGUUUUAGGACUUCCAAUUUACCCCUAUUCUAUUUCUUUAAAUAAAUCUGCUAGGUAUAACACAGCUAGAUCUUUUCUCUCUUUUCCAUUUUCCUAUUCUGCAAUCCUGACAUUCUCUGCUGUUUAUUGAGUCAUAACCAAGCACCACUUGGUUUUUAAUUAAAUAUUUUUGUCUUGUGAGAUCUAAUCUUUCAAGCAUUCCUAGGGAUAGUGGGUGUUUGUGCUGUGUCAUGUCUGCCAUAAAAGCUGUUGGUAUGCCACUAAUCCUAUUAUAUCAUUUCUUCUAUCAUCUACUACCUUCCCAUUCUCUUCUUACAUUUUGCAUAUGAUAUGCCGCUGAUUCACGUUGGCAUAGUUAUCUGUGCCUUAUGUUUUGGUUUUAGUCCAAGAUAUGGGUUUCCAUGUGUGUGUAGGUAUAGGAUCUAGGAAAAAGAAACAACGCGACUCAGUUUUGUAUUAGCUUUUUGUUCAAAGAAUUUCAGUUUAAUCUAUUCUCGCUUUGUUCUAAGUUUCUUCGAUAAAAUAUAAGAUUCUUGUACUAGCUAAUUUUGAUUUUUUGCUGAACUGCAAAAAUGUUCUUUGCUUCAUAAAUAUAGAUUCCUACAAAAUUGAAAUGCUAUGCAUCUCUGUAAAAGUUAUAUCGUGCCGUAUUUUCGGGGUGUAAAUGGGAAAUUUUUUGCGAACGGAGGGAUAAAGGGCAAGCCCAGUGCACAAGACAACUACAUUUUGCUGCACGUAUCAUUUCAAGGGUGUAAAUGGGAAAAGUUUUGCACUUUGUAUAAUUGAAAAAGCAAGAAAUGGCAAAAUUCUUGAACUUUAUUCAAAUGAAACACAGAUUAUUAUCUUUUUAGGGUUACAGAAAAAGCCAGAUGUGCAAGAGUCAUCUAGGGAAGGUUAAUGUCUUAUCCUUACAAGUGGGGAGGCAGACUUACUAUGAUGUUGAAUUUCAUCCUUUAUUGAGGGAUGCAAAUAAUAUUUUAAUUUUUAUGGAUAAAGAAAAUUUUAUAUCUUCCCAGAGUUCAAUUAAUGAAAACAACUUCCUCUUCUUAUAGUAUAAGGUUUCACAUAUUGAUUCUUUCCAAAGUCUGCAUUGCAAGAAUCUCAUGCAUAGACAUAUUAUCUAGCUUGGAGCGUACGGUGAAAAUGGAACAUCCUUAGAUAUUGACAAUUAUCUUGUUUUCAAUAUAACAUCUUCAAAUAUGUUGACAGAUUUACAUAUUCUGCCAUGUGUUAUAAGCGUUCUCAUAGCAAACACUUGUGGUAUUUCCUUCCUAAAUAUGCUCAAACGAACUGAUGAUGUUGCAGCUUUCUUGAUCAGCAUUACGUAAGCCUAUUCGGAUAUGAUUUUAAUCUGUUUAUGUACUCUUGUACAAACUCUUUAUUAUUUAAAGUUGAUAGGUCCAGGGACUAUGUUGGUUCUGGAAGAUGAACCCUUUCUUCUUUUUCUAUAGCAUGAUUUCUCUCAAUGAGCUUGGAGUUCUGGUCUUUUUUAAGUUUUUCCUCAGUGUCUGACACUAAUUUCCAAGUUGCUGACCUCCUAGUAAGUGAGAUUUGAGAGGAGCAUUUAUUUGCGAGUCAUUAUGCAGAUAUCAUUUUGAUAGUGUUGGCAUCAAAUACAACAAAAAAUGUACAUCUUUUUGAAUCUCCAAUCCACUUUUAAAGCUAUAUCUUUAUUGUUGUGUUCCACAUUCAUUCCUAGGUCGUGUUUUAGCAUCUGAAGUACAAGGUCGUCAUGUUUAAAUGGUAUUACAUGAUUCGAUCCAGCUUGAAUUUUGCAGUAAUUGUCAUGUGUAUUAUAUUAUGCUAGUUCCUGUGAAUCUUAAUGAUUAUUUUUACUACUCGAAAAUGAUAUCUCUCAUGAAUCUCUUCGCUUUACAAAAAGUAUGCAGAUUUUUUCUUUUGACAUCUAAUUUGAUCUGAUAAUAUUUCUAGUAAUUAUAGUGUUUAUUAGUUCUUGGUUCUCUUCAAAGUUGUUAAUUUUUUUGCUAUGCUGACAAUUUAGUAAAUUUUCUGUCCUUUCUAUUUUAUCUAUUUUGUUCAUGGUCUUGGUUUAACCACAUUUUUUUCUCAAGACUCAACAUUCAGGUUUUGACCAAAAUUUUCUCCAUGUUUGUGCCAAAUUAAAUGUUCCUAUUUCAUACCUUUUAGGAUUCAGGUGUCCUUACAGUAAUAUGGGGAAGAAAGAAAUCUCUGGUACAUAUAAAACAAACAGUACUUUCUUUUUUGUUCUAAGAUUUUCUGCGCUUGGUUGCAUUUUUGAAAGAAAAGAAACUUCAUAGCAUGUGGAAAUUAAUUUAUGAUUUCAUGGGCUUAUGGACUCUUAAAAUUGUCAACAUUGGAAACUCUUUUUACGAAUGUGAACUCAUAAACAGUCUUCUAGGUAAGAGAAUUUCAGGUGACAUUUGAUUUUGCCUAUAUGUAGAUCUUCUGAUUUAAGAAACUUUCAGUAUUUUUGUUCUUCCCCUGAAAUCUAUUCAGUGCUGGUUUUUCACUCACCAUCAGUAUUAUUUAAUAAACAUGAUCUGUUGCAUGAAAUUUGACAUUACUAGGCAAACACUUACAAAUGAUCAUUAACAUCUUUGGUUUGCAAGGACGAAAGCCAAAAUCUGCAUCUAUACUUAAACUGUGUAGGUUAUGCUGAUUGGACUGAUGGUGUUGGUUGAUAUUGUGAAACUUCCAUGACUAAGUGCAAUCAUUACCCCAAUUAAAACAAACAACUUCAAUAUUCAGCUGUAAUUCCAAGAACGAUGGCAGCCUGUUUAAUGGUAGGAACUUUUUGUCUUAUUUGUCUGCUAGAUGAAUAUUGCCGCCAUAGGAAAACUCGUCUUUCUGCAUUUUUUCUUAUGAAUUCUCAUGUCUAAGGUAGUUUCUUUGGAUGCAUGAUAUUUUAUUUAAAACUGAAAUGAUAGGUUUUCCUAUCCACCAACGGACUUAGCUGUAGGUAAUUAUUCCUUUUUUGCCUAAAUUUGUUUUAUCUUGGAAGUCAGGCUAACUUAGAAGAUUGAUAUCAGACCGAUGUCCAGGAUGACAAGGCUUCUUUGUUGAGAGUUAUAUAACCAUGUAAUGUUUCAUCAGCCUGGUGACUCCUUUUCUGGUUGCUAUUUCUGGAUUCUCCGGAGAAGAUGGACAAAAUACAUAGAUAUUAUAUAUGACCUUAUUAGUGCAGGAACCUAAAUUUGGUGAUGAAGCUGGUUAAAUUUUUCAUUUUUUUUAAUGUAAAUUUUUUCUGGUACAUGAUCGAUGCAUAUAUAAGAACUCAGACGAUAUUUUUUAUUUUGUACAUUUUAUUGAUGAAACCAUGGUUAAUUUUUAGGAAUAAUUGACCAAUGAUGUGACUAUGGGAGAUUUCUUCUGCUA